CCGCUUAGAUAAUAUAAAUAUUAAAUAAUACGCUGCAUUCGGCUGAAAUCGGUCAGAUGUUAUUUUUUUACUUUGUUUACCGAUGUUUGUUAUCAUUUUAUCAGCCUGACAACCCAGCCAGUCUUCACUCUUCAAUACUUCGUCAUUCAUGGAUAUAAUUUUUAAUGAAUUUAGAUUUACUCUUUUUAUUCAUUAUUCAUAGUUGUAUUCACUCCUAGAAUUAUUCUUCUUAAUUGUAGUAUCUUCAUUUAUAUAUAUUUAUUUACAUUAUUUGAAAUCUGUAUAUAAUAUUUAUAUUUUACACUCGAAUGUCUCAGUAAAUCAUGUUUAAUAGUUCAACAGCUGUAAGUACAGUAAUGGGGCUGAUGUCUCAUUUAACUGCUUCUGAUCUCAAAGAAAUACUAAAUGACGAUAGUAAGUUUGAAGUGUAUGCUAAAGAACUAAAACCGAACAUAGAAAUAGAUACCCAAAAAGAAAUGUUAAUAGCAAGUAACCAAUCCUUGGCUGAAUUUAAUCUUACUAAAGAACCAGAGUUAGUUAGUGGUAAAGAAAGAUUAUGUGAAAUGUACGAGGAAGCAGAAAAACUAUAUAAAAGUGUUACAGAGAAAGUAAAUACUUUAAAACAACACAAAGGUAGUAUGACCUCAGAAACUAUAUUAGCCUUGUUGCAAACUGCUUCUUGUGAAACUGAAGAAGAAUCAGAUAAAUUGGCUGAAAAAUUUUUAAGUGGCAACACUGAUUUAGAAGGCUUUUUAGAAGAGUUCUUGAAGCGGCGUAAGGAUAUGCAUAUGCGUAAGGCUAAAGCAGAUAAAAUGUCUGAAUUGCUAAGUAGACGUAAUAAUUCCUUCAGACCACCAAUCAAUAACAUUCAACAAUCAACAGCAGGAUAUCCACAACCUGGAUACCCCAAUUCAUUUUAUUUCCAACCUACUUCAAUGCCAUAUCCAAAUGUACCCAUUAAUAUGCCUAUGCCAGGCAAUCAAUUUAUGAACAGACAAUUUUAAUACAAAAUAUAUUAAUUAUAUAUAAAACAAUAAUGUUACAUUUAUUAUUUUUAUUAUUAAAAUAUACAUUUAUAAAUUUGAAUUAUGUAUAUAGAACAAAAUACAAUUAUUAGAAUGUUAUU